CACACACACUCACACACCCACAGGUGCUGUGCAUUGGAAACCCCUCACUCUCACACACACACACUUAAAACACACAAACUCAACAGAAGAUCGUAGUUGGUCCACUUUUCUGGUACUGAGGAACUUGACAUUUUGCCUUCAUGGAGGAUUACCACAAACCUGACCAGCAGACAGUGCAGGCGCUGAGGAACAUCGCCAACCGCCUCCGAAUCAACUCCAUCAAGGCAACAACUGCAGCAGGCAGCGGACACCCCACAUCAUGCUGCAGCGUGGCAGAAAUCAUGUCUGUGCUUUACUUCCACACCAUGAGGUACCGCCCUGAUGACCCGAGGAACUUCAACAGCGACCGUUUUGUCCUGUCCAAGGGUCACGCUGCUCCAGCCCUGUACUCCAUGUGGGUUGAGACAGGCUUCCUGAAGGAGAGCGAGCUCCUCAGUUUGUGCCAGGUUGACUCUACCCUGGAGGGCCACCCAACCCCUAAGCAGCAAAUUGUGGAUGUCGCGACUGGCUCCUUGGGGCAGGGUCUUGGCGUGGCUUGUGGAAUGGCUUACACUGGGAAAUACUUUGACAAGUCCAGUUACCGCGUGUUCUGCCUGCUGGGGGAUGGCGAGAUGUCAGAGGGUGCUGUCUGGGAGGCCAUGUCGUUCGCCUCCUACUACCAGCUUGACAACCUGGUGGCCAUCAUGGACAUCAACCGUCUGGGCCAAAGUGACCCUGCACCCCUGCAGCAUCACGUGGAGAAAUAUCAGAAACGCUGUGAAGCUUUCGGCUGGCAUGCCAUCAUUGUGGAUGGACACAGUGUGGAGGAGCUUUGCAAGGCUCUGAGCCAACCACGUCAUCAGCCCACUGCCAUCAUUGCUAAAACCAUCAAGGGCAAAGGCAUUCCAGCUGCAGAGGAUAAAAUGGGGUGGCAUGCCAAACCUCUGCCCAAAGACAUGGCCGAGAUGGUGAUCAAGGAGCUGCAGAGCCGCAUCGUCAACAGCACAAAGCACCUGUACCCUCCAUCUCCCAUGGAGGACUCCCCACCGGUCAGCCUGAGGAACAUCAGGAUGCCGAGCGCACCCAAUUACAAGCCUGGAGAAAAGAUCUCCACACGGAAGGCAUACGGGAUGGCGUUGGCCAAGUUAGGCCGCUACAAUGAACGUGUGGUGGCCCUUGAUGGAGACACAAACAACCUCACCUACUCAGAGAUCUUCAAGAAUGAGCAUCCCAACCGCUUUGUGGAGUGUUACGUCGCUCAGCAGAACAUGGUCAGUGUUGCCAUGGGAACUGCUGCCCGCGAGAGGAACGUUGCGUUUGCCAGCACUCUUGCUUCCUUUCUCAUCCGGGCCUACGACCAGAUCCGCAUGGCCGCCAUCUCAGAGAGCAACAUCAACCUGUGUGGCUCCCACUGCGGCCUGUCUACUGGAGAGGAAGGUCCCACUCUGAUGGGUCUGGAGGAUGUGGCUAUGUUCAGGGCUCUUCCCUCAUCGACCAUUUUUUAUCCCUGUGACGGUGUGUCCACAGAGAAGGCUGUGGAACUGGCUGCAACCACAAAGGGUGUUUGCUACAUCCGAACCAGCCGCCAAGACAGCCCCAUCAUCUAUAACAGCAAUGAGGACUUCCAUGUUGGACAGGCUAAGGUGGUGUACCAGAGCAAAGAGGACAUGGUGACUGUGGUGGCAGCUGGAGUGACUUUGCAAGAGGCCCUGGCUGCAGCUGAUCAUUUAAAGAAAGAGAGGAUGCCUAUCAGGGUCAUUGACGUCUUCACAAUCAAACCACUGGACAUAAAAACCAUCAUCGACAACACACGUGCCACCAGGGGACGAAUCCUCACCGUGGAAGACCACUACCACGAAGGCGGCCUUGGGGAGGCAGUGUCCUCAGCACUGGUCAAUGAGUCUGGCUUCAAUCUGCAUCGUCUGGCCGUGUCUCACGUCCCCCGCAGUGGCAAACCACACGAGCUGCUCAAGAUCUAUGGCAUCGACCGGGACGCCAUCGCCCAGGCUGUCCGCAAGAUGCUCAGCAGCUCUACCAACGCCAAGUAAACUCUCUCCCUGCCCCACCCGCCUAUCUGAUCACACCCCUGCAGAUGAUGCUAAACAGUCAAGUAUGUUUUUGAUUCACAUGACACCCAGCUCUUUAAAUUCCCUCACUGUGAAUGCCCCUAAGUGUGUACUGAAGUAAUGUGAUUUUGUGCCGUACACUUUGAAGUAGACUUCCACAUUUACCUUUCUUUCAUGCAUCCAUUACAUCACACACAAGAACAGAGAUACACCAAUUCAAACACACAUAUCCUCACAUUUAAAAUCCAGUUCAAUAAUCAGAAUGUGGCCAUAACUUUGCUGUUGGUGGAUGCUCACCAUACAAAACAUUAUUCCAUGUUCAACAGGAGUACUAUGUGAUGCCCUCAUGUGUGUGUUUUUUUUCAAUGCUCUUUGAUUAACUUCAACUGUUUUUAUAUUGUUCUGAUGUAGCUCUCAAUAAAGUGGGUGGGGCGUAACUUUAAAGUAGUUUAUCAUGACAUAGAGUCAGGAAUAAGCUAACUGAGUUGUUGUCUGUAGAAAGUAGAGGAGAAAAAAAAUCAAACAAAUGUAGUUAGGUCAUAAAGAGCAGUCACUCAAAACCAUAGAUCACAUCAGGUAAUUUAAAUUUCUGUGGUUUCAAAUGUUGUAUCAUCUCUCUUCAGCACUGUGCUUUUUUAAGUUACCAUAAACCUGCACACCUCAGUGUUCAUUUGUGCUAGCUGUACAACUGGACCA